AAAUGUUAAUUACAUCAAGAUGAUUUAUACAUGAAUAUAAUGAUAUAUAAUAAUACCAUUGUGAUAGCAGCCGACACAAUUAUGUGUGUACAGUGCAGAGUGUCGUUAGGAAUAGGGAACAUAGUAAAGUUAUUUUAGCGUCAGUCUUCAACCGCGAUUUGCCGUGCACCAAGCUUUCAACCGUUUUCACGGAUUUUUAAAUCUUUUAUCAGUGACGCUUUUAUGAACAAAUCAACCAUGCUCACAAAAUCAGAAUUGAAGGUAAAACAAAGCAACGAUGGAAUGGAUGACAUCUCAUUAUCAUUAUUAUCAAAUUCCAAAAAAAUGGCCUCUAUUAACAUCGAAUUUAAUGACUUAACUUAUACAAUACCUUAUGGUAGAAAAGGUAAAAAAGUGAUAUUAAAGGGAAUUAGUGGACAAUUCAAAUCUGGACAUUUAACGGCUAUAUUGGGCCCUUCAGGCGCCGGAAAAUCCACCUUAUUAAAUAUCCUUGCCGGAUACAAAGCAAUUGGCCGCGUAACAGGACAAAUAAAUAUCAAUGGACAAAAACAAGACGUGGAACACUUUAAAAAAGCGUCAUGUUAUAUCAUGCAAGAAGACCUUCUUCAACCAUGGCUCACGAUACAAGAGACAAUGCAAUUUGCUGCGGACUUAAAACUUGGCAAUAUUUCUCAAAAAAUGAAAUUAAAUACUAUAGAAGAAAUUUUGAAUAUUUUACGAUUACAUCAUGCAAGGCACACAAGUACCGAGCAUCUAUCGGGUGGCGAGAAAAAAAGACUCUCGAUAGCUUUAGAACUCAUAAACAAUCCGCCAGUUAUAUUUCUCGACGAACCAACUACAGGAUUAGAUCAAAUAUCUGCUACGCAGUGUAUCGAACUUUUAAAAUCUUUAGCACGAUUAGGAAGAACUGUAAUUUGUUCCCUUCACACUCCAAGCGCAAGCAUCUUCUCGAAAUUCGAUCAUGUUUACGUUUUAACCGCCAAUGGCCAAUGUGUUUAUAGAAGUACUACGCACAACUUGGUACCAUUUAUGCGACAGAUUGAUAUCAAAUGUCCAGAGCAUUACAAUCCUGCCGAUUUUGUAUCAGAAGUGGCAGCGGGUGAUUAUGGUUCAGAAUGGAUAAAUCGAAUGGUAAAUGGUAUAAACACAGAAUUUCCUAUUAUUCCUAUCUCUCAACAAACGAACUUCGAAUUUCAAAUCAAUGCGACGAUAUCAAAAGUAUCUUGGUUUGAACAAUUUAUCAUUCUAUCGAGAAGAAAGUUUUUACAGUUACGUAGAAAUAAGGAUUAUAUGUAUUUAAAAAUAUGUUUACACAUAUUCGUUGGCUUUAUCAUCGGCGGUUUAUUUGUAAAUAUUGGAAACGACGGAUCGAAAAUCAUAUAUAAUAUUGGCUUCUGUUUAGCUUGUUUAAUAUUUUUACUUUAUGUACCAAUGUUACCGAUAUUAAUGCAUUUUCCCACAGAAGUGAAAUUGAUAAAACGAGAAUAUUUUAAUAUGUGGUAUGAUUUGAGUCCUUAUUAUUGUUCGUUGAUCAUAAUCAACAUACUUACACAGAUAUUAGUAUCAUCGAUAUAUUUAUCAAUAGUAUAUGUGAUAACAGAUCAACCUCUGGAGUUUUUUAGAUGCGCUAUGUUUUAUAGCACUGGUUUAAUAUGCUCGUUUAUAGCAGAAAGCAUAGCAUUAGCUAUAGCCAGCAUAUUGAACAUCGUGAAUGGCAUAUUUGUCGGACCUGCAAUUUCUGUCCCCUUAAUGUUGGUUGCUGUACAAGGAAUUGGCGAAACAAAAGCUUUACCUCUUUAUCGACAAUUGAUAAUGUAUCUGAGCUAUAUUCGCUAUGGUUUAGAAGGUCUUAUAAGUGCCUUAUAUGGUUAUAAUAGAGGAAAGUUAUAUUGUCCACCUACAGAAAUGCUAUGUAUAUUCGGGACACCUCGACAACUUUUGCAAAUAAUACGUAUAGAUCAUGUGGCUUUUUGGAUUGAUUUUACUGCGUUAAUAGUUAUCUUUAUUUUUUUACAAAUUCUCACUUAUUAUUUACUCAAACAACGACUUAGACCGAAUAAAAUGUUUCAAACACUUUUUCUGAUUAAAAUGAUAAUAAAAAACCAUUUUAACAUCGUUAAUUAAAA